AUGUACUACGCCGGCCCCAGGCGCCCGAUGAACGUCUACUACCCCCGCCCCGUUUCCCCCGUCAUCUCCGUCUCCCCCAUGUACAGCCCGGGCAGCCACGCCGGCAGCUACUACGACCAUUCGCCCGAGAUGCGGAUGGUGCCCGUCUACCGCCAGUACUCCCAGCCGAUGCCCCAGCCCGCGAUGGUCUACCACACGCCGCCGCUCUACCACAACCGCACGCUCCGGCCGUACGGUCGCUCGUGCUGCGACGGCCUUUGCUGCGACCGGUGCUGCGACGAGUGUUGCGGUGCCCGUGUUGCUAGCGAGCGGUGGGAUAUUCUUGUCGUUGGCGUGUGCGUUCAUAGACGCAGUCUCGCCGCCGUCCGUCCCGGGCUUCCGUCCUCGUUCCCUCCUGUAUUCUUACUCUUUUCGUUCGUCAAGGCGCGCAAGCAUCUAUUCGUCCCAUCCGCAUGA